AUGACAAGUAAACUACUAUUAGAUAAUGUAUCAAGUAUAGAGAAUACAGGUGUUGAUUAUAAAGAGAUAAUGAAUGACCCUCAGUUCAAAUUUCAAGGUUGGUUGUGGAAUCAUGCAACCAUACGAAGAUUGUACGGCAUGGUUGAAAACAAGUUGGAGGGAUGGACACCAACCACAAGAGAAGAGAUUGAUAAUGUAGUGCGUGCAAUGCGAGCUGUCGAGGGAUUUGUACUCUACCAUCACAAUGAAGAGGACAAUGAUGCCUUCCCUUGGUUGCAACAACACCAUCCUAAACUUGCUACGGUACUACAAGAGUUGGACAAGGACCAUCAACACUGGGACAAAAUAUCGAGUGAGCUAGAUAUACUUCUCACUACCAUUGAAAAGGAUCAAUCUCUCACAUCGGCAUCAUCGCCUGGGUGGCAGUCUACCCAUCUCGCAUUGGUCGAUAUCAACAAACGUGCCAUCAAAGUUAUCGUUGACCAUCUCAAAGUGGAAGAGGAAAAGUUGGUACCCAUGUUCAAGGCGAUCGAUAAAAAGGAGCAGGAAAAGUUUGACCAAAAGAUGCAAGACAAUACCCGUGCCAACGGUGCAUCCACCAGUAGAUUCAAUCUAUGUGCCAUGUUUGAUACUGCCAACAACGACCCAAUUGUAAAGAGUGGUACUGACAAGCUUGUACCUUGGCUUGCCAGAACCAUGCUUCCCAAGAUAUGGUAUAAAUCAAAUUAUAAAUGGUUUUUAAAAGCAUUAAACACAAAUACCAACAAUGAAAAGGAAAAGAAAAAGAUCAAAAAGGAAAGGGAAAAGGAAAAGGUUGUCAACUAA